GCGGCGGAAGUGGCYUUACGUUGUCCGGAUGUGGACGUGGCACAGAAAGACAGCGCUGCAGUAGUUCCGCUGAAUGUCCGCUACUGAAGAAGGGAUUAGUGAGCAACACCCCGGGACGACAUCGCCUUCUGAGUUUGUUGGCUUCUGGGCUUCACCGUUUACCACCAACAAAGGAUAGCCUUACAGUUUGCCCAUCUUCGGAGAUUUAGGGAUGAACUGAGGAUGAAUGUAAACCAGCACACUCCAAUGGCCUCUCCAUACGGCCAGCCCCAACCUGGCUACGGCCAGCCCGGUUACGCUCCUCUGGAUGGUGGCUACCCCGCUCCAUAUGCACCCUACAACGGCCCUGCUUCAGCCUAUCAGCCUGGAGCUCCACCACAAGGUUACUCCCCUUUUACAAGCUUUCCCUCUAAGGCUGUGGCAGCCAACCCAGCCUCUGACCUCUCCUCUCCUCUUGACUUAGGUCCRGCUAGAGGUCCUCCCACCUCUGCGCCACCUCCCGUCUCAGCCCCUCAACAGUAUAAUCAGUACAGCCACGGUCUAGGUGACGUACAAAAUGGCACCUCACCAAUGACGCAGGCACCACCCAGGCCUGCUUCAUCUCAGCUGUACAACCAGGGAGCUGCCAGCAUGACAGGGGCACAUCCUUCCUAUCCACAACACUACGGGCCUCCGCCCACAAUGCAGCAGGUCACCAAUCAAAUGACUCGGAUGCAGAUGUCUGGACCUCCGACCCCUGCAGGGCCAGGAUAUGCUCCACCUCAGAGCUCUCAACCCGCUGUCAGUAGCUCCUAUCAGACCGCACCUCAGCCCUCCUACACCCAAGCCCCGCCUCCUGUGUCCUCUGCUCCUACCCAGCCACCACCUUCAAGUGGUCCCGCUGCUCCUCAGCAAUACUUUGCCGCCCCACCACCUCCCUCUCAGCAGCAGUUCACCUCCUCCCACCCCCCUACAUCUCAGCCACAGUUCACCUCUUCGGUUCCACCUCCUCCAUCACAACAAACUUUUCCACCCUCCUCCUUUUCGGGUCCCGUCCCUCCACCGAGCCAAGCCCCUGCUCCCCCGGUGUCCCAGUCACAGCAGCCUUUCGCUGCUCCUCAGCCUCCGUUCUCCUCAGCACCUCCACCUGUUAGCCAGCCUGGCUUUGCAGCCGGCCCACCUCCACCUGCCCAGGGCUCUUACCCACCUCAGCAGCCUCCUCCUUCCUCUCAGCCAGGCUCUUUCCCUCCACCAACAUCAGCUGCCUCUGGCCAGUACCCCACACCCAUGCCACACCAACAGCAGCCCCCAGCAACCCAGCCAUCCCCGUACCACCCUGGACCCCCUCCGCUUAGAGCUCAGAUGCCUCCCACCUCCAACCACCUGCCUCCAGGUCCACAGGGCCCUUCAUGUCCACCAGGUCCUCCUGGGCCCCUGCAGCAGCCUCACUCUCCUCAGACAGGAUACCCUCCUCAACAGAAUGGUGCAUUUGGGCAGGUGAGAAGCCCUCAGCCUGGCUAUGCAGGUCCUUAUCCUGGACAACCAAACUACGGAGCUCCUGCAUCAGCACCAGCUCCUGCUCCAGCACAGAAACGACUGGACCCAGACUCCAUUCCCAGCCCGCAAGCGUCUGACAUGCCGGCUGUGCAGAAAUCAAGACAUAGAAUAGAUCCAGAUGCUAUUCCCAGCCCAAUCCAGGUAAUAGAGGAUGACAAAGUUAAAACCACUGAGCCGUUCACCACAGGGGUCCGAGGUCAGGCCCCGCCACUGGUCACCACCAACUUUCAAGUCAAAGAUCAAGGGAAUGCCAGUCCCCGGUAUAUUCGCUGUACGGCCUACAAUAUGCCCUGCACAUCUGAUAUGGCCAAGCAGUCUCAGGUGCCGCUGGCUGCUGUCAUCAAGCCCCUCGCCACGCUGCCACCUGAUGAGACCCCUCCUUACCUGGUAGACCAUGGAGAGAGUGGUCCGAUCCGCUGCAACAGAUGCAAGGCUUACAUGUGUCCGUACAUGCAGUUCAUAGAGGGAGGUCGCCGCUUCCAGUGUAGCUUCUGCAGCUGCGUCACAGAGGUGCCUCCACAUUACUUCCAGCAUCUGGACCACACCGGCAAGAGGGUGGACAGCUACGACAGGCCGGAGCUGUCGUUGGGCACCUACGAGUUCCUGGCCACUGUCGACUAUUGUAAGAACAACAAGCCUCCUCAGCCUCCAGCCUUCAUCUUCCUCAUCGAUGUGUCCUACAACGCUGUGAAGAGCGGCAUGGUCAACAUCGUCUGCCACGAACUCAAGAGUCUGUUGGACCACCUGCCCAGGGAAAACCCCGAGAUGGAUUCUGUGGUCCGAGUGGGUUUCGUCACCUACAACAAGGUUUUGCACUUCUACAACGUAAAGUCGAGCCUGGCGCAGCCGCAGAUGCUGGUGGUGUCGGACGUGUCAGACAUGUUUGUGCCGCUGCUCGACGGCUUCCUGGUCAACGUGAGCGAAAGCCGACAAGUUAUCGAGAGUUUGUUGGAUCAAAUCCCAGAGAUGUUUGCAGACACCAGGGAGACGGAGACGGUCUUUGGACCCGUCAUUCAGGCUGGACUGGAGGCUUUAAAGGCUGCAGACUGUGCAGGGAAGCUGUUUGUGUUUCACACCUCCCUGCCCAUCGCAGAGGCUCCUGGAAAACUAAAAAACAGAGAAGACAAGAAGUUAAUUGGAACAGACAAGGAGAAGUCUCUCUUUCAGCCACAGAGCGGAUUCUACAACAACCUGGCUAAGGAGUGUGUGGCGCAGGGCUGCUGUGUGGAUCUCUUUUUGUUCCCCAAUCAGUAUGUGGAUGUUGCCACGUUAGGAGUGGUUCCUGUCUCCACUGGAGGCUCAAUCUACAAAUAUACAUAUUUUCAGGCUCAAACAGAUCAAGAGCGAUUCCUGAAUGACCUCAGGAGGGACGUUCAGAAACAAAUUGGGUUUGAUGCCGUAAUGAGGGUGCGAACAAGCACGGGUAUCAGAGCGACAGACUUCUUCGGCUCGUUCUACAUGAGCAACACGACAGAUGUGGAGCUGGCAGGUCUGGAUUGUGACAAGGCAAUCACUGUCGAGUUCAAACAUGACGACAAACUCAGCGAAGAGACGGGGGCACUCAUGCAGUGUGCCGUGCUAUACACGAGCUGCAGCGGUCAGAGGCGCCUCCGUGUCCACAACAUGGCUGUCAACUGCUGCUCCCAGCUGGCUGACCUCUACCGCAACUGUGAGACGGACACAAUCAUCAACUACUUGGCCAAAUACGCUUUCCGGGGCAUUCUGAACAACCCCACCAAGGCAGUGAGAGACACUCUGGUCAACCAGUGUGCUCAGAUCCUGGCUUGCUACAGGAAGAACUGUGCGAGUCCUUCAUCUGCUGGUCAGCUCAUCCUGCCUGAGUGCAUGAAGCUGCUUCCUGUCUAUCUGAACUGCGUGCUGAAGAGCGACAUCCUGCUGCCUGGAGCUGACGUCUCAUUGGACGACAGGGCUUACCUCAGGCAGCUGAUCAGCUGCAUGGACGUCGCAGAAACCCACGUCUUCUUCUACCCCCGCCUGCUGCCUCUGGUCAAAUUGGACAGCAGCUCUUUGCCGGUAGCAGUGAGAGACUCUGAAGAGAGGCUGUCGAAAGGCGGAGUUUACCUGAUGGAGACGGGGCUCCACCUCUUCCUGUGGGUGGGGGCCAGCGUCCAACAGGAGCUGCUCCUCAACAUCUUCGGCACGCCGAGCUUCAGCCAGGUGGACUCGAGCAUGACAAACCUGCCUGUUCUGGACAACCCGUUCUCACAGAGACUCAGAGAGAUCAUCGACUCCUUCAGAGCGCAGCGCUCACGCUACAUGAAGCUGAUGGUGGUGAAACAGGAAGACCGGACCGAGCUGAUAUUCAGGCACUUCUUAGUGGAGGACAAGAGCGCCAGCGGGGGAGCGUCGUACGUGGACUUCCUGUGUCACAUGCACAAGGAGAUCCGGCAGCUUCUCAGCUAGACCCUCCACCUUUUAAGCCCCUCGCCCGUUCCCCAAACCCCGGCCUCGGUCACCUGUCGCCCCUCUCCCUCCAGUUGUUGUUUUUUUGUUUAAUCAUAUAAACUAAAACUCUUCUUACUGUCUGUCAGCUGAGCACCAGAGACCAGCUCGCAGAUCACAUCACGUGUGUGUGAUGGGGAGUGUUUGGAGAUGAGGAUGUGACAUUAGUGAAGCCUCAGAUCUGCAGCUCCGACACAGCAAAGAGCAAAACUGACAGGGAAGGGUCAUGUACAUAAACAAGUAAACAAAUAUGUAUGCAACAGACAAAGUGAAGGAGGAAGCUGAUGUACUGUCUGUAUCUCUAGCACUGAAAGGUUAUUACUUUGUUGUUUUUGUUGGGGGGUGGGGGAGCAAACAUUUUUCUAUAAUUGAGUUCUGAUUCAGUGACAGACAUCUAUGUAUAAACAAAUGAAAUGCUGUUCUAGAUUUCUUUUACCCACCUUAAUCAUGGCCUUAGAACCCUCCCCCCACGCUGCUUCAAUCAUCCAUAAUGUUUUCACAUGUCAGAGGAUUAGCCGCCAUCUUGCCCCGUUUUUAAUCCGCCGCAGUUUAUCCAGGUGCAAACAUCUGGAUUUAGGUGUAGCUCGAGCCGGGGGGGGAAAUUGAGAAAAUAUUUAAACCGUACCUAUAAAAGUCACAUAUUUGUUUUAAAUGGUUGGAAUAAACUGAAAAUAAAGCUGUUUUAAGACAAAUUAAGUCAAACGGGAUUUGUUUAAGUCUGCUUUAAUAAAUGAAGCCGACAUCUGGCUCCGAUUUCUGAACUGUUCUGAGCCAGAUGUGCACUUUGGACUGUUUUAUUUGCAGCACAGCAGAGUGGAGGACAAUUUCUGAGGCGCGGAUCCUCGACGUGUCCUGCUGCAGACUUUAUAUUAAUCACACAUUUGUAUGAAAGAGGACAUUUCCAGUCGAAAUAUGAAAUAAAACGGCACAGAAUGGGAGCAGAUGAAAGAGAAGCAGCUGUCUUCACACUGAGGAGUGGUGAAAGCUGUUCGGUGUGUAAAUAAAAGAUGAAAUUUGUACAGAAUGAAAAGGAAAUAACAAUUUUAAAGACAUGCCUGAGCAGCUGUGUGUUCUGUGUCACAAACAGCCAAAAUAUACACUUUACUAAAACAGAGGAAGGACGGGGAUUUUGAUAUGUUUGUGCGUGUGACGUGUGUGAAUGUGGGGUCGGUCCUGGUGAAUUUCUCGCGAGGAACAGAGGGAUCAGCCAACAUACAAACAACAUAAAACCACCCUUGAUUGAGCUCAUUUAUCAGUUCUGUUUUAGUGUUUGGUGUGUCUGCAGCCCUCUGUUCCGUCUUUACGUUCACUGAUUCAUGACUGUAAACUGAAUUAUUUUUGUUUUUCUUUUAAAAAAAAGUUUUCUCCCCAUUGCCUCUUGGGACUGCUAAUAAAACAAUUGUUGAAAGUAAAAACCGCA